UCGAUCCAUAUUAAUACGAUAGACCAUUGUUCUCUUAAAUCAGUAUUAUACUCCCAGAGUCCCAGUACUAAUUUACAAUUACAUACGCACAAAAUCGACCCACAGAUCCGAUCACCAGCUAGCCAAACAUGUCUUCUUCUUCAUUCAGCGGAGACGAAACGGCGCCGUUCUUCGGCUUCCUGGGCGCCGCAGCCGCUCUAGUCUUCUCCUGCAUGGGAGCAGCGUACGGAACCGCCAAGAGCGGAGUGGGAGUCGCCUCGAUGGGAGUGAUGCGACCGGAGCUGGUGAUGAAAUCGAUCGUUCCGGUGGUUAUGGCCGGAGUUUUGGGGAUCUAUGGGCUUAUUAUUGCGGUGAUUAUUAGUACUGGUAUUAAUCCCAAGGCGAAGUCUUAUUAUUUGUUUGAUGGAUAUGCUCAUCUUUCAUCCGGGCUUGCUUGCGGUCUUGCCGGUCUUUCUGCUGGUAUGGCUAUCGGUAUUGUUGGCGAUGCUGGUGUUAGAGCCAAUGCACAACAGCCAAAACUUUUUGUUGGCAUGAUUCUCAUCCUCAUUUUCGCUGAAGCUUUGGCUUUAUAUGGCCUUAUUGUUGGAAUCAUCCUCUCAUCCAGAGCUGGUCAGUCUAGAGCGGAUUAAGUGUUUUCCAGCUACCAGAGAAUAGGUUGGUUUAUCUAUUAACUAGUGCUGCUAUGGUGAGUAUUUGAACUCAAUGGAUAUUUCUUUGUUAUAGGAAGUAUUUGCUGUUGCUCGGAUUGUAAAUUAGGGGUAUUCUUGAAUAAUGUUUGCCUACGGUCUCUUUCACAGGACUAGUUUUGUUCUCUUUGUAUGUUAUCCUUUAAAUGGAUUCAUCUUCUUCUCAA